AUGCAGGAUCUGUUUGCAGACUUGCGUCCCAAUAUGGUUCGUUACGGUGCUAUUGAGGAAGUGAAUGCAGCUCUAGUAGAACUGGAUGAACAUGAUCGGAUAGUAUCUGCUGAUAAGGCCAGUAGUGAAAAACAUUCUGACACUGAGAAGCCUUCAAGUAGGACCACUUCCACUACUACUGCAGUUGGCAAUGGACAGAGCAUUGAUAAUGGUACAGAGGAAAAUGGAGUGCAAGAUGAUGUUAAUGACACUGAGACUGAUUCAGGGAGUGACACAAUUGAUGUAGAGGGCCAUGAUGAUGAAGAGUUGGAUGAGGAGAAUCAUGAUGAUGGGUGUGAAACUGAAGAUGAUGAAGAUGAUGACGACGAUGGGCCUGGACCUGCUUCUGACGAGGAGGAUGAAGUGCAUGUUAGACAAAAAGUGACUGAGGUGGACCCUCUGGAAGAAGCUGAUUUCGACCAGGAGCUCAAGGCUGUAGUACAGGCAAGAAUGCUACUGUUACGCUGUUAUGAGAGUAUGGAACAGCGAAGGCAGGAGCUACGGGGUCGUCCUACGUUGAACAUGAUGAUUCCGAUGAAUGUAUUUGAGGGAUCUGCCAAGGAUCACCAUGGGAGAGGAGUUGGUGGGGAAAGUGGUGAUGAGGCACUUGAUGAGGAUACUGGUGGAAACAAAGAGGUUCAGGUGAGAGUUCUUGUGAAGCGGGGAAACAAGCAGCAAACAAAGCAGAUGUUCAUCCCACGGAAUUCCUCACUGGUGCAGAGUACAAAACAGAAAGAAGCAGCAGAGCUUCAGGAGAAAGAAGACAUCAAAAGGCUUGUCUUGGAGUAUAAUGACAGAGAAGAGGAGGAGCUUAACGGAUUAGGGACACAGCCGGCAAACUGGAUGCAGAGUGUAGGUAACAAGGUUGGUGGCCGUGGCAGCACUUUGGAAGGAAACAGUGGCAGGGGUAGUGGAUCAAGACAUCGGCAUCAUAAUUAUUCUGGUAGUGGAAUAUAUUAUAGCAGAAGAAAGUGA